UUUGUUUUGUUGUAGGUAGUGUGUGAAUUGAUAAGAAAACGUCGUAGAAAUGAUAACACAACUCGUGUUUUUCAUCUCGCUUAACUCUUUGUGCGUUUAAUUUUGAAUUUGAAAUUGUACGAAUAAGUAGUAUUGUAUUAGAGAUGCGUGUUGAAUUUACGUGUUAAUUAGAUUGUUCGAUAAUGCACAUUCAUUUGAUUUUUACGUGACCUAAUAUAAUGGUGAUUAAUCCUGCGUUGAAGCGUCAUUAUGGGUGAAUUAACUAAUCUUCAAGAGUUCCCUUCUUUCAACUACUGCCUUUGCGAUAUUCCAAUCCGUGUAAGGAAAGGUUUUACUAUCGUUGAGGUUCACUAUACUUGCAUAGAUGCUGUGGACGAAUACAUUGCAAUUGGCACGAACAUUGGAAUCGUGUAUUGGGCUAAUAGAAGCACCAAUAAGGUAGAAAGACUUCGACCUGAGAAAUGUGGACCUAAAAUCACUUUCGUGUCCGUAAUAUCCAGCGUAGAUUAUAUGGUAGCUGCUGGAGAUGAAUUUGGUACAGUUUCUAUAUUUGUGGUGCCCAAAGAGAAAUCUUUUUUCAUGCCUACUCACAACGGGAAAUCGUCUCAAAAAUCGAUUGAACGUUUCACUGUAUCCGAUAUUCACUCUUCUCCAAUAACAUUUUUAGAAUGGAGUUUAAACGGUCAAAAAUUAUUUUCUGGCGAUGAAAGAGGUCUAGUUGUUUACACACAGAUGGAUUUCACUUUGAAUAUCAUUAAGUCUACCGAAAUACUUAAUGAAAAAUUCCCUAUUGUUCAAUUGAGUUAUUGCCAACCGCAAAUAUUAUUAAUCGCCUCGGAGUAUCGGUGCAUAAUAUAUAAGCAAGGAAACGAUAGUAAAACGAUACAAGUUGGACAAAAAGAUCGUAUAAAUUUAUGCAAACUGGGUGCUAUAAUAUGUACCAAUUUUUCCUCGAAACCUGUGAUAUAUUCCGCCCGACCAAAGCAACGUAUCUGGUUAGCUGAUUUGGAAGGAAAUGUCGAAAAGACGUUACUGUUUAAAGAGGCGUUGGCCAAAGAUCACUCUGCUAUUGAAGUAAUGGAGGAGCGUCGUAGUCAUCUUCUAGAUAACGAAACGAAGAGUACUCAACUUGGUGAUUCAGUACAUCAGUCUACCAGUUCCUCGAUUUCAACUCCCGCGUUAACUAAAGCACCAGAAUUCGAAUUUAAUAUUUUGAAACGUUACAAAGAUAAAUUUUUAUUAGUUUAUAGUUUGAAUGCCUUUGCAUUACUGAAUAUUGAAAAUAAUACCGUCGAAGGUGGCGCCUAUACUUUGAAGAAGGUUAUUUCCGUGGCAGUGAAUAAAGAAGAAGUAUUCAUUUUGGAAAAUCAUCGUAAAAUUCGUCGACUGGCUCCUUAUCCAGAUAAAUACGCACAACUAAAAAAUAGUUUUUAUGAGAAUAAAGAUUCGCAGAUCGGUGAAAAGUUACUUGAUAUUGUAUCUAAAAUCAGGGAAGAGGCUUCGAAUAGUAUGAUGAAACCUGUAUUAAAUAGUAUCUCGAAAGGUGCACCACUCGAAGGAUUAAUCGACGUAGAACCCAUAUCGCCAGCCGAAGAUGCUCUUUUAAUUUUAAGCAUAGAUGAUGAAAUGUAUUCUUCGUCUAGUCAAAAUUAUCAUGGAGAUGACCAAUCUUCGCGAAAUAAUCCUGAUGGAGAUAUCGUUUUUUGUAGAAAAAAAAAACAUUCUCCUGGAAUGAAAAGACUAGAGCUGAAUGAACCUUCAAUUGGAGAUGUUACUUCAGAUAUGAAAGAAUUAAAUGUGAAAGACUGUGAUAGUGACAUUUCAUUUAUCGAUUUGAAAAAUAACUUCGAUUCGGGGCUUGAAUUUACUCAAGAAAAUUUUGCUCCUACCAGUUCAGUUAUUACUCCUACCAAAGAAAUUCCUGAAGAUAUUGCACCCGACCUAAGAGAUAUUGGCUGCAUAAUGGAAGAUGUUGAAUAUAAAGAAAAUAGACUUAAACAAUUAUUGGAGUCAUCUUAUGUUUCAGAAUCGAUGUCUAAUUUAAGUAACCGUUCUUUCCAUUCGAGUAGCUGUGCUGAUCCUGUUCAAGAGCAUGCUGUAUCGAGUAGUGAAACCAACAAUGAUUCCGAUAUUAUUUCCCCGGAAGGUCUAUUGAAUAAUAUAGACGAAAAUUUAUGCAAAAAUCAAUUGUAUUGCGGAUGCCCGAAUAUUGAAAAUACGCAACCGGAAAAUAAACAUGACAACGAGAAUCCUAAAGAAGUCCUUGAGCAGUAUUUCAACGAGAUUUUUGAAAAUCCUAUUCAAACCGAGUAUUUUUCAGAAAAUUCCAAUCGUAAUAUGGUUCAAACUGAACACGAGGAUUCGUGGUCUUCUUGGUAUUUACCAAAUGUUUCAAAAUGGAUAUGUGUUACAAAUAGUGGUAUUUAUUACGGUGGUGCUAAAUCGACGGUUUAUUAUUCAGAAACAAAAGAUUUAAAAUUGAAUUGGAAAAUACAAAAUUACAGAGCUGUGAAAAUGUCGGUUUCUCUUGAUGGUUCUAUUUUAUGGAAAAUAGAUCUAGGCGUUGCUUAUGCUUAUUCGACAGAUUUAGUUAACCGAUGGAAAACAAUAGCCAGAAAUGUCGAAAGUGUUGCCGUAAAUGAAAAUUCCGCUUGGUAUUUGAGCGAUGGAAAUAUCCAUGUUCAGUUCGAUUUGACUGCAGAAAAACCUUUUAGCGAAAAAUCGAAUAAAGUUCCUUGCCCCGAAAAAAUGUCUAAAAUUUAUUGCUACGAAAAUAUUGUUUGGGGAUUAACUAAGAAAGGAAAAAUUCUUUGUAAAAAUAUUCCCAGGGAUUUCGAUUACGUUACGGCCCAAUGGAAAAAUAUACCGUAUCCGGAAAACUUGAAAAUUUCUCAUUUAGCUUUAGGAUGCAAGAAUACGGGGUGGAUAAUCACCAAUAAUGAUGAGAUUCAUUUUACCGAUAAUUUCUUAUCGUCGAAUGAGCCUGAUUGGUGGCAGGUGAUUGUUAGUAAUACAAACGAACAAAAGAACUCAAAUUUGACCAGUCCGAUUAGUAAAUUUGUCCACUGGUCCAAAGACAGAGUGACUAGUUCAGUGGCUUCGAGUGACAGAGCAAUUUGGAUACUUCGUCAUGGGGAAAAUAUUCUGCAAGUCAACAAGACUUCCAUCGAAGGUCAUCGUUGGGUUCCGUUUCUUAUGGAUUCGUCCACUUCUAAUUUGAAGUGGAAAUUCAUCAGUGGAACCGGAGUUUUAGAAAAGUUGACUGUAUUGUGGUGUCUUUCAACUAAUAAUGACCUAUUUUUAUUACAUCCAUUGAAAAAAGAAAUACGAGCUGUCGAACUUCCAAACUCGGAUGAUAUAAUAUGUCUUUCCGCAUCAUUGGGAUCACUUUGGAUUUUAACAAAAAAUGGAGAAAUUUACUCCCGUGUGGGGAUAAAGGAUGAAAAUCAGUUCGGUUCAGUUUGGAAGCCUAUAAUUUUUAAAGAUGCCAAUAAUUUCAGUAUGAAAUUUCAUUAUUUAUCGUCUGGGCUCGACGUGAUUUGGGCUAUUGAUACAAAAGGUGAAGUAUUUUGCGCAGCCGGAAGUCCAUUAGCUAUAACAGGAGAAUUACACGAUCCCGAUUGGAUGCACAUCAAAGAUGUUCCUUCGAGUGAUGUGAAAUUCACCAAGGUGGUUGUUGGGCCUAAUAGUUAUAUGGUUUGGGCGUUGGAUCAAAAACAUAAUGUAUACGUCAGACAAGGAAUAUUUUUUGAUUAUUUAUUCGGAACUGCGUGGAUUCAAGUAUCCGGCAUCAAGGCGAUUAAUUUAGUGAUAUCGUCUUCAGCGGUUUGGGCAUUAACUUCAGAAGGAACAGUUUUUCGUAGAUUUGGCAUUUCUCAAAUGAACUACAUUGGCGAUUAUUGGUUACAAAUUCCAGGCAUAUUUUCCUUAAUUGCUGCUUCGAGCAAUGAAGAAUUAUGGGGUGUAUCAAGCGUUACCAAAAGUUUACUGAAAUAUGAGACGCACGUAUUGGAUUUGCUCAAAACCGAAGAGAAAAAGACAAGGACUUUAUCAGAAACUACCGAUGAUGGAGAAUGGGAAUUUGUUGACAAAGAGAUUCCAUCCGCGAAAUACAGAUGAUUCGCGUUUUCAAUCAUCAAUUUUAGUUUUAGUUGCUCAUAAAAAAUACUAUUUUUAAAAAUUAAUAUUUGUUACCUUAUGCUGUUACUUUUAUGAAGUGUGUAUUGAUUUUGUGGCUUGAUAAUUUUUAUAUCAUGGACCUGAGUCAAUUUGUCAUGAAUACUGUGAUUUUGAUUCAUGCUGAUGUAUCAUCACCUCGUUUUUAGAUUCAGUUAAUUAUAAAGUUUAUUCAUUUCAUGUGGAUCAAGCAUCAUUUUUCGAAAAGUAUUAUUGUGAUACAAGUAUUUCCAUGAUACUAUUCUUUCAUUCACUUGAAGACCAAAAAUAUGAAGAAUAUUAUGUUAAAUAUUUUUUUUUUGCAUUUAUUGUUUUUUACUUAAUUCACUUUUUACGCUAAUAAAUAUAUUUUUUGUUAA